UGGUUUUUUGGGGGGCCAAUCGUAAGGUGACCUGUUCGAUUCCAGCCUGGUUCUCUGUGGGGUUACGCCAGAAAGCGCAUCCGCUGUAACAGCUCAACCCACCGUGGACAUACUAUCCUCCUCCCCAAUCGUGAGCGAUGAGGAGUGGAAAUCGCCUGAUCUUAAAGCCCACAUUGCUCUUCUGUUACCAUCCUCUUCAUCCUGCUUCAGGGAUCGGACAUGAUGUUGCUCUGUAACGUCAGGUUGGAAUGACAUUAUGUCGUCCUGGUGACAGCAGAGUGUGAUCAUGGGAUUUAGAAGAGGGUCACCAUGUGCCAUAAUCUGUCCAAAUAUACCCCAAUUUUCCUCUUCCUCACACUGUCUGGCAUCAUCUUCCUGCUGCGGAACAUCCACACAGUAGAGAAUUGGAACUGCCAAGCGAUUUCAUCCUUCUACCAGCUGCAGAGCAGGAUCCAUUCAUCCCUCAGUGUGUCUGCUUUCUAUCACAACCAUACCUACUGUACCCAUGUGGGCCAGAAACCCUCUCCCGAGGAUGAACUUGAGGAACGGUACCUGUUGGAACUCAUCAGCUGGCCCAGCCCUCCGCCUCACUCUGGACCAACCACCCUGAAGCAGACGAGUGACCCUGUCCACAGCCUGUUCACAAUACUUCCCGCUAAAGAAGGAAGGGAGUGGCAUGUGGGCGAUCAGCUAGAGGUCCUCGUCCAGAUGCACGACUUCCAGGGUCGUCCUAAACGCUACGGCGGGGAUUUCCUUCUGGCCAGGCUGCACUCUCCGGAGCUCGGAGCGGCCGUGGUUGGGCAGGUGGUUGACCACAAGAAUGGAUUUUAUUCUGCUCUGUUCCCACUCCUCUGGGUGGGCUCUGCACAGGCUGAAGUCAUGUUGGUGCACUCCAGCGAGGCCGUCGCUGUGCUGCGACGACUCAGGGAGGAACGGGCCGAUCGGGUCUUUUUUAAGAGCAUGUUCCGUUUAGGCCUUUUAUCAGAAACUACUGUGUGCAACCUGUGCUUGCCUCCCGACCAUCAGCCUCUUUGCAACUACACAGACCUUCACACAGGCGAGCCCUGGUACUGCUACAAGCCCAAGGUGCUCAGCUGUGACACCAGAAUCAACCAUGCCAAGGGAGGCUACUUGAAAAACCUCAUCACCAACAAGGAAGCACUGCUAUUCAAAAGUGGUGUAAAUCUCAAAGUUUACAUACAUGCUUCAGGACCUGAUAAAAUCAGCGUGCUGCCACAGAAAGAUAAAGUGGAGGAAGAAAACAGCACAACUAAACCAGAACAUAUUCAGCUAGAAACAUCUGGAUAUUACUACAUGGACUCCUGGAGGCCAUUAGAUGGAUUUACAAUGCGUCAGUUCAACGAAUCAUCAGCAGUUGUACAGUGUUUGAAGAACAAGGUGAUCAACAUGUAUGGAGACUCUACUGUGAGACAGUGGUUCGAGUAUCUCAUUGGUUUUGUACCAGAAUUAAAGGAGUUCAACCUAUACAAUCCUAAAAAGGUUGGGCCGCUCAUGGCGGUGGACAGCACACAUAAUAUUCUCUUGAAGUACCGCUGCCACGGCCCUCCAAUCCGCUUCACUACUGUGAUGUCCAGCGAGUUGCGGUACAUUUCGAAUGAGCUUGACGGCCUCUCUGGGGGCCCCAACGUGGUUGUGGUCCUCAGCAUCUGGUCCCACUUCAGCACCUUUCCUGUGGACAUAUACAUACGGCGUCUUCGGCACAUUCGACAGGCGCUGGUCAGACUUAUAGACCGAGCGCCAGGGACGCUCAUAGUGAUCCGCUCAGCCAAUCUUCAAGCCCUGGAUCAAGAGGUGAGCCUUUACAACAGCGACUGGUACUCCCAGCAGCUCGAUCAGGUGCUCAGGACCAUGUUCAAGGGGCUGAACGUUCUGGUGGUGGAUGCCUGGCAAAUGACUUUAGCUCACCAUUUACCUCAUGCCCUCCAUCCUCCUCCACCUAUCGUCAAGCAAAUGAUAGACAUGCUUUUAUCUUAUGUUUGCCCCGAGAGGAAAAAAAGCCAGAAAUAGAAGUACAGUGAUGAUAGCAGAUAUAUUGUCAAAUGUGAUGUGUGAAUCCAUCCGUCAGUUUCAAACACAUUUUGGUUUGGCUUCUUAAGAACUCAUAUAUUUUUCUAAAACUGCAAACUCUUCAAAUACUGAAGAUUUACUUUCCUGCUAUUUUUUUUUUUAUUCCUACAAAACAUUUUUUACUCUGAUUUCCAAAGACUUUGGCACAAUGAUUGUUACUUCUCAUCUUUUGGUAUUACCAAAGUUUUAUUCAUGUGCAUUAUUUUAAUGUAUAGAGCGGUUCAAAGAAUUAUUGAACACAUCAUCAAUUUUCUAAGUAAAUGUGUUUCUAAAGGUGCUCACCAGAUGUUGGUCAACAACCAAUCCAGUCCGCACAUGCAAAGAAAUCAAACCGUAGAUUUAGAUUUGAAAUUAAGUUAUGUGCAAAAAUCAGAAAUGAUAACUGGGGUCAUUGGCUUGCUGAAACGUGCACCCUCGUUUCAUCUUCAUCAUCCUGGUAGGUGGCAGCAGUGUUUUAUUAGGAGUUCCUCGCCACAUGUUCGCAUUCAUCCUUCCUUCGGUUAUAUGAAGCGUGCCAGUGCCGUAUGCUGAAAUAAACCCCCACACCAUUAUGUUCCCACCUCCGAACUCACUGUUGGAAUGGUGUUUUAGGGGUGAUAUGCAGCGCCAUUUGACCUCCAAACAUGGUGUGUGUAUUCUGGCAUCCAAAGAGUUCAAUUUUGGUCUCACCUGACCAGAGACUAUAUUCUCAUUAUUACACAUAACUAUUAAUGGACAUCUGUUGAGAAUUUCAAAUAGGAUCUUUGGAAAUAUAUUUACUUAGGAAACAUUAAACACACAUAUACACAUAACAUGAACGUCUGCCUAAUAUUGUGUUUGCUUUUGCUACUACAGCCCUCAGCCUUUAAGAUAUGUAUUCAGUUAGACACCAGUGGAAGGUUUGCUGUGGCAUCUUGCACCAGGAAGUUAGCAGCAGAUCCUUUAAGUUUUCUAAGUUUUGACGUGGGGCUUCCACGAAUCAGACGUGUUUGUACAGCACAUUUCCAUCCCACAGAUGUUUGAUUGGGUUGAGAUCUGGCAAACUUUGAAUGUCAAGUCAACACCUCAAACCAUUCCUGAACAGUAUUUGCUCUCUGGCAGGGUACAUUAUCCUACUGAAAGAGGCCACAGCCAUCAGGGAAUACAGUUUCCAUGAAAGGGUAUACUUGUUCUGCAACAAUACUUAGGUAGGUGGUAUUUGUCAAAGUAACAUCCAACAUGGAUGACAGGAUCCUUGGUUUCCAAGAAGGACAUUGCCCAAAGCAUCACACUGCCUCCACCAGCUUGCCUUCUUCCCAUAAUGCAUCUUGGUGCCAGGUGUUCCCCAGGUAAGCGACGCACAUAAAGAAAACCUGCUCACUGGUGUUGCUUUUAGUGGUGAUCAGGGGUCAGCAUGGACCGCCUGGCUGUUCUGUGGCUGUGCAGCCUCAUACGCAACAAACUGUGAUGCAUUGUGCAUUCUGACUUUUUAGUCAGAAGCACUAUUAACAUUUUCAGUAACCUGAGCUACAGCAGCUUGUCUAUUGGAUCAGACCAAACAGGCCAGUCUUCACUCCCCACAUCCAUCGGUGGGCCUUUGCAGCCCAUGACCCUGUCGCUGGUUCACCACCUCCUUCUGUGGAUCACUUUUAAGAGAUACUGGCAACUGCCGACCAUGAACAUCCCACAAGAGCUGCAGUUUCGGAGAUGCUCUGACCAGUCAGCUAGCCAUCACAAUUUGGCGCUCAUCAAACUGAUCAGUCCUUAAAAUUGGCCCUUUUUCCUCCUUCUAACACGUCAACUUUGAGGACAAAAUGUUCACCUGCUUCCUAACAUAUAUUCCACCCACUAACAGACGAUGAUGAGAUAAUUAGGGCUGUUUACUUCACCUGUCAUCGGUCAUAAUCUUAUGCCGGAUCUUAUGUGUGCAUGUAUAAGAUCAUGUAUGCUCAUCAUGUGUAUUUGUCAAAAUCUAGGGACCUAGAAGGGGAACCGUUUAUUAGGCUCAUAUUUAAAAUCCAAAACACAGUGCAGUAACUUAAUGGCUCCAAAACAAGAAAACAGAAAACCAUAUUCAGGUGUCUGAAUAUAAAGAAACUGAUUAGCCCUCUAUGUGUCUGUGUGUCUACAUAUGCAAACUCCGGUUUCCUUUUCUUCCUUGUCUGGGUGUCGCUACGCUCCUGCUUUCCUGCCACUGUGUUGUGCUUCUGUUUUGGAUUUUGCCAUUUCACCGAAUACCAAACUGGUUUUUAGUUUAUUCUUGUAUCUGUGAGUCCUGCAUUUGGGUCUUCUUUCUGCUACCAGCAACAGUACAGGUACAAAAACAAUUCAAUAAGCUCUAAAGGCCUUGACACAUACAUGGAUACUUUAUUAAAAUAAAUAACACAAAACAGGAAGCAGGAAGGUGUAAUACUGAAUAUGUUUGAGAUGUUAUGCCUGACAGGUUUGUUCACCUAUCACAUGGAUAUGAUAAUUCUGGGCUUUUAAUGAUUUGUUUCACAAGUUUAAUUUCAAUUUCUUUAUUCCACACAGGCUCAAAACCCUUAGCAGGGGUGGAGGUUGUAGCUUGGGAAGGCCGAGUUUAUUGUUAGCCUGCUUUUAUCCUUUCUAAAGCUGGUUGUAAUGUGUCUUUUGGGAUCAUCAAAUUUUAAGUCUAUAUAUAUAUAUAUAUAUAUAUAUAUAUAUAUAUUUUUUUUUUUUUUUUUUU